GUGGGGAGGGGAGGCCAGUGUGGGGCUGGGGGGUUGGGACGUCCCUCCCCUUCUCCUCCCCACCCUCCGGCUCGGCCUCUGGCGCGAUGGGGGGACUGGGGCCAGUCUUGUGGGCUCUGCUGGUGUGUGUGGAGUUUGCCGGAGGCGGCAAGAAACAGCCAGGCCUGAACCUGAGCUGCUACCAGUGCUUCAAAGUCACCAGGGAGGAGCUGUGUGCGCCCACCCAGUGCUACCCCACCGACCGGGUCUGCGUGUCCAGCGCGGUGGUCCUGACCAAGAGAUCAAAGGUGAUGGUCCAACUCAGCAAGCGCUGUGCUCCCAGAUGUCCCAACACCAACAUGAAGUACGAGUGGAUGUUGGGAUCUAUGGCGUUUGGCAAGAUCGUCAGGCAGUGCUGUUCUGGAUAUCUCUGCAACGGGGCCUCCGCCACCCGCUCGGCCCUUCGAGGGGGGUUCCUGCUUGGGGCAGCCCUCGGCCUCCUCUGGGCCCUGCUGUGAGCUCCUUCCUCUUGGCCCCGCAGACCCACUGCACCCUCCCGACCCCCGCCUCUGCCCUGCCUCCGUCCCUUUCAAGACACUGGCGGGGGGACCCUCCCCCUCUGAGGUAGCGGGGCCACCUCUCCCAUCCCUGCGGGAGCCCUGUGCUCAGACAGCCAGGAGUUAGCAGUCCUGCCCUGCCUGGGGGAUGGUGGGCGUGUCCCAGCUCGGGGUAGCCGCUCCCUGUGUAAGGUUUCGUGGCCCGAACACACUGUCCAGGGCCUUGCAGGGACAAGAAGGGCCUGGCCAAGGCCAGAGGGCGGCUGCGGCCCUGAUUCUGGCUCUGAUGUGGCCAGACCCCCCCCCCGGCCCCGCCCCCUCCAUCCGUAAGUGCUGUGGGUACCCACCCGGGGGCGUUGAGACCACCACCACCACUGCUUCUGGAGACAGUGAACUCACUGCCUGACCGCUCGGCGCUCCUGUGUCUCCGGCCACCUGCACCUGCCGUGCCCGGACCACGUCCCUCCAGCCCACCUCUCUACAGACCCCCGUGGCUGUGCACCGUCUGGACAAAAC